AUGAUUGAGAGAGAUUUGGUUGCUACCCUUUACCUGACAGUUGAGAUUGAGGACAAACCUUGUGACAUAUGUGGCGAUAUUGGUGUCCUGGAGGCAAUAGUUACGUGCUCUCAAUGCAACAUAAAUCAUGAGCACAUUUACUGCAGGCAACCAUUUAGCGAGGAUGUCCCAGAUGUUUGGCUUUGUCAACCAUGUGGCAUUGGAAGUAUGAGUUCAUCAAGUUCUUUGACGGAAGACUUGCUGAGGACAUUAACUCCAAACCCCUCAGAUGUUGUGGACCAUGAAAGUACUUGUUCAGCAGGUUCUAGCAAGCUUCCCAAUUAUGAAGAGAUUGUUAAAACUGAGAAAGUGGAACACAGUACUCCUGUUGAAGAAGGUGAACCUUAUGACAUAUCUGGCGAUACUGGUACUCCUGAAGCAAUUAUGGCUUGCUGUCGAUGCAAAAUAGCUCGUGAGCAUAUGAAACCCUUUUGGGAGGAUGACCCAGACUCUUGGCUUUGUGAAGCAUGUGAAAUGGGAAGUUCGGUUUCACCAAAAGCCCCCAAUAUGUUAAUGUCGGACCCUUUAGGUAUGAUGCAGAAGGAAAAUACUAAUCCAUCCAGUCGUGGCAAGCUUCUCAAAUGGGAAAAGAUUGGUAAAACUGGGAAAGUGAAGUACAUUCCUGCUCAAGAAGCAAUCAUGCUAUCUUCAGGAGCCAAGAAUUUCGAAUCCCCUUCAAAGAGUAAUAUGAACUCAAAGUCUGGGCCAUCGAAAAUUUCUGUUCGUAUUUCUGAAAGAACUCCCAUAAAGCCCAUGGCUAUGUCCCCUAAGUCAUCAUUUUCCGUCAAAGCAAACCCUAGUUUUAGGCUACCCGAAUUUCCGCCUACUGGAAAUGGCAACAGCCUCACCAAUCAAGUUGGUCAACAAGAAGUAACUCAAACAUCAAAAGAACCUAAAGAAAAGAAAGCUGCUCAAGCUCCCAGGAAGGAACAUUUUCCCAUGGAACAACCUGCAGAUGCCGUUAGCUCUGCUGUAGAAACCCAAAAUGUUAGUGCAAAGGAAGAUAAUGUGGUGAAUAAAGCAUCAUCGGAUUCCCCACAAGCGAUUCUUUUUCCACCAAUAGUCAGUUCAGGCAAGACCUGUGAAAUCAACUUGACCGACCUACAUCAUGACUCUACACAUCCAGUAUUGAACAUCUAUCUCGUAGGCAGUAAUAAUGGUUGUAGUAAUGUGGAGCCAAGAAAAUUCAAUGCUGAGAAUGGUGACCAGAUGAAUAUUCUGCCUAAAGAUGACAAAUGUGUUCAAGGUCCUGCUCUAGAUUCUUCUUGGAAGGGAAGCUUCAAAAUUCUUGAUACCGUUAACUGUAAAGAACUCAAUGAAGGGUUUUUUGCUCAUCCUCCUUUGAAAGUCCGUCGCAAAGUCUAUGAGUUCUCAAAAGCAAUGCCUCAAGUCCUUCUGUUCACAUUGAUUCCGCGUUCUAAUGUUUGGACCAAUAUAUUUCUGGACUACUGUCCUGGUGAGGAUGAUAUAGGGCUGUACUUCUUCUCCAGCAAUAGUCAGAGAUCUGCACCGUAUAUCUGCCUCCUGGAGUUCAUAGAGAAACAAGACUUAGUGAUGAGAAGUUACGUGGAUGGUGUAGAGUUGUUGGUGUUUACAUCCAAACUUCUGCAAACUAAUUCUCAAAGAUGGAAUGAGGAAUACUACUUCUGGGGAAUCUUCCGUGGUGUCAAAAAGCAUGAAGCUGUUUGCAAGCAUGACAAGGAAAUCACAUUUCCCAUUCAGUCGUCAGACUGUGCUAUUGACAUGGAGAUUGACAUGCUUGCUGGAAAAGACGUGGGAAGAUUGGACAUAGCAAUUCCAGGAAGAUCAUCCAAGAGGAGCUGCAAUAGCUAUAGGGAUGAAAAAGCCACUGCAAUAUCCUUGCAUCCAGAGAUUCCUUGUGUUUCAAGAAAUUUCAGUUUUGCUACACAAAAGCCCUUGCUAGAGGUUAACAAUGAGCUUUUCGACGAGAUUCCUCCUGGUUUUGAGGAGAUUCAUCAGCUGAAUGUCCAGAAUAAGGCACUUACGAAGAUGGGUAGAGAUGAAAAAUCCCUUAUGCUUGAUGGGGAAGCUAGAAACCCAGAAAAGGAGAGCAGAAGAUUUAAGAGUUUGUCCGAAGUCCUUAGGGCUGGGAGCUUGCAACCUAACUCUCGCUCUGUUUGCUACUAACCUCUUCACAACUGCAGUCCAUCUUCUCAGAAUCUUACCACGGAAAAUUUAGUUCUGACCAUCACAAACAAUCGUUCGAGAUACCCACUGUUUCACGGAACGAAGAAAGAUGUGUCAAAACAGUGGAAGAAAUCAUGAUGUCUACACAAUCGUGUAAUGAUGAUUCAUCUAAAGUUCAAAUACAGGGAAUCCCAAGAAGAUAGUUUAUCUUCUAUGUUUGCUUGUGAAAGCCAGAAUUAAAGUUCCCUUGUAAGAAUUUGUGAAGCUGGAUUGCAGUU